UCUUAAGUUUUCCACUCAAGUCAAAACAGAUAUUUGAAUCCAUCAAUGUGUAAUCUUUUUUUAUUACAGCAAUUAAUUAAUUAAUAAUAGUAAAAUUGAUUGUGAAGAUGCUGAAACCGAAGCCAUUUAAGGGAGCAAGUGUGAUCGUGAUCAUGACACGCUAUAUGGUGGCGCCGGAGAUCUUCGACGCGCUUCUCGACGCAGUUAAGCUCAAUGGGGCCGAAGUCUUUCUCUGCUGCGACCUGUCUCUUACCGGCCCCAAUCAUUUCCACGUCAUUUCCUCUUCCGAUCACGUCUUCGCAGGAGAAAUUCGAAGAUCUCAGAUCCAAGGGAUGUAAUUUGUCAGGUCCUCAAUGCGUGCUUUCUUGCGCAAAAGAAAAUAGGGCGCCUCCGAAACAAGGUUUCACGUGUUGCCUUGCAAUGGAUGGCAUCAAAGUAGUUGCCACUGGUUUUGAUAUGCGGAUGAAAAGGUAUGCCUUUGUGUUAAAUCUACCCACCGCCGGAGGUAAUUUUGGCCCAAUGGCCUAGCCUUUCUUAUUCUUUUUUGUUUACUGUGACCAGCGUUAUAGUUUCAUCAUAAUUGCUUUGAUGAGGGUACAGUUCUACUGUCAGAAAUUGGCUUGCAGUUCUUGUAAGGUCACAUGGUAAAUAUAGUAUGCUGAAGAGGAUAAAGAUGUGUUGGUGAACAGUACAAGAUACCCUAAACCAGAAUUGGUCGGAUGGGAAUUUUUCUUCACAAUUUUCUAUUUCUACAUCUCAAAAUUCCACUGA